GCAGUCAUCACCCGCCAAAUAAAAACUGAAACCGCCACUGUCUUCCAUUGUGGGGGACUGGUUAAAGCUAACAGCAAAAUGAACGAGAUAGCGAAAUAAAGAAGCGGAGCACUGUCCUCCUUGAAGCUUUAUUAUUUGCUUUCUCUUUUCUCAACUCCACUCUACUCAGCCGUCCGUUAACCAUUCCUUCACCGGAAAAGAAAACCGUACGGUCCCUUAAUGCUGGCUUGGACUUGAUAAAACUUUGGAAUUUUGUUGAGCAAUUGAUCUUGAAGAAUGGCUAGCGUUUCGUCUGAGGAAGAUUUCAGUCAAACAAGCGAACGGUUCGAGAGUUAUAGUUUGAGCGCCGACGUGAGCGAAUCUGAGAGCUCAAGUGGGUUUUGUUGUAAUCGUUUUGACCAGGAAGGCGGUUCGAGUUCUUUGACCUAUUCGCCGCUCGCGGGACCAGAGUUCGUUGAUUGUUCUAGCUUUACGGUGCGGGUUCCUGUGAUGUUGCCGGUUGUUGGUGGUAGACACGUGACCAUUCCUGCGAAGAAAGCAGAGGUACCGGAGACCGAAAUGUCCGAAGUAGAAAUGAUGAAGGAAAGGUUUGCUAAACUUUUGCUUGGAGAAGAUAUGUCAGGUGGAGGGAAAGGAGUUUGUACUGCUCUUGCCAUCUCCAAUGCCAUUACAAAUCUUUCCGCUUCUGUGUUUGGGAAACUGUGGAAGUUAGAGCCAUUAUCACCACAAAGGAAGAUGAUGUGGCGUAGAGAGAUGGACUGGCUUUUGUGUGUAAGUGAUUCCAUAGUGGAGCUUAAACCAUCAUUGCAAGAGUUUCCAGGUGGGGGAACUUUUGAGGUUAUGGUGGCCCGGCCACGCUCAGAUCUAUAUGUAAACCUUCCAGCGCUCAAGAAACUUGAUGCAAUGCUGCUAAGCAUUCUUGAUUGCUUUCAUGACUCUGAGUUUUAUUAUGCUGAUCGUGGGGUAGUUGUUUCUGAUACUGAUGAAAUUGAGACAUUUCCUUCAUCUUUGUCAUCUGGGAGGCCUUCUGUUAGACAGGAAGAGAAGUGGUGGCUACCAUUUCCCAAGGUUCCCCCUACCGGUUUAUCUGAGGAUACAAGGAAAAGAUUGCAGCAGUGUAAGGAAUGUACACACCAGAUCCUUAAGGCUGUUAUGGCAAUUAACAGCAAUGUUUUGGCUGAGAUGGAAAUCCCGAAUGCUUACCUGAACAGCUUGCCCAAGUGUGGGAAAGAUUGUUUGGGUGAGGUAAUGUAUCGUUACUUGACUGCUGACCAUUUCUCCCCUGAGUGUCUUCUUGAUUACUUAGACCUGUCAUCAGAAUAUACUACUCUGGAAAUAGCAAAUAGGAUCGAGGCUUCUGUGCAUAUUUGGAAACAGAAAUACUUGAAGAGGCACUCACUUCGUGCAAAGGUUGGAAAGUCAUCAUGGGGUGGCAAGGUCAAGGGUAUUGUUGGUGACGUGGAAAAGAGUAAGGUUCUAGCUAAGCGGGCUGAGACACUCUUACAGAACUUAAGGCUACGGUUUCCAGGCCUUCCACAGACUUCUUUGGACAUGAGUAAGAUUCAGCAUAACAAGGAUGUGGGACAAUCAAUUCUUGAGAGCUAUUCUAGAGUCAUGGAAAGCCUAGCUUUCAACAUAACGGCAAGGAUUGAUGAUCUGCUAUAUGUGGACGAUGCCACAAAACAACGUGCAGCAGCAGAGCCAAUAUCUCUUUUUGACCAGGGGCGAUUUGGUGGUGCUCUUCCUAAACAAAGGUGGACGUCACUGAGUCCUUUCACAUUUCAACAUGCUCCUUCUGGGACUCCAUGUGCGAUGAGAGCAUCCUACUCUUCAGACGAAAUAGGUGAAAGCCCUGAUAGGAGGAUUGCAACUCUUUAAAUAAUGGCAGCCUGAGAGACUCACUGGACGGCUCGCUAGAAAGGCUAGCUUUUUGACAAGCGAAAGGAAAAACUCUUCCAUAGCAAACCUGAAAACCUCAAACAGAUUCUGGUAUGUAUUACUUGUGGAUUAAGACCAAGAUAGCCUAUAGCACCCGAUGCAGCUGAAAGCUGAUUUAUGGUUCUGACAGGUAGUGAAGACAGAUUAGAUUGAAUCUUGUAUAUAUUCCUUUAUGAUUAGACACACAAAGUAGAGAUUUUUCAGACACUCGGGGAUAUUAGUUAGCUGGAACUCUUUAAAGCGUGACAAUUAUAGCAGGAACUAUUAGUAAUUUUCUUCUGUUGCUAGA